CUUGAUAUUAUCGCCGAGGUAUCUUUUUGUAUUUUUCUGCUGGGGAUGGGCCAGAUUGGGAAGGGCGGUACGAGGGUGGGACUUGGCGUUGGUGUUUUGGAACAUCAAAGAUGGACAGGGUUUUCGCGGAGGUCGCUCCUCAGAUAUCUCCACAACUACAGAUCGGGGAUCUUCCAAAAUCGAGAAGAUUGGUGCAUACGGCUAGGUCUCUUCACCUUACAAUUUGUAUGGCAAUUUGGCCCGGGGUUGUGGUCUGGUAGGGGAGAAUGGGGGAUAAUCCCACGCAGGAGUUCCGAACGACGUCUGGUUCACGUUUGGCUGGAUAACUCCACCACCACACGGGGUAUGCGGUCGGCGAUGGGGUCAAAAUGCUCGUAUGAUCGAGGGCUUUUCGAUGGAUCUAUCGGCGGGUUCUUAUUCGAAAAAUCGAGCGAGUUCGUGGUGGAGCGGUUGAUCAGAUUAUCUUGA